UCUCGUACAUCAAAUUUCGUCAAUUGCGUUUCUUUAUCGCUUUUGAGUUUCGACUACAAGUCGUGAAAUCAUGAGUGAGAUCGUGAGAGUUCAAGAGAUACUUUCUAAACUCUGGAACCUAAAGAUAGCCUCCAAGAACUGCUUGAAUCUGAUUACGAUCAUAUCGACUGUUGCUUAUGAUCCUUCGUUUGAAACUAAUGGAAGCUUCAAAGAUUUCGUUUCAAGAUUAUUGGCUCGACGUAACAUUUACCGUAUAAGGAAAUUCUCUUUGAAACUGCGGUCUAUGGAAUUUGACUCAGCUAAGUACAAUCUUGUCAACGAUUGUGUUCGCAAUGUGUUGCAUCGAGGUGUUUUGGAUCUUGAAUUGGACAUAGAUGUCAAUGAAGAUUACACAUUGCCGUUUGAGCUGUUUUACAUCUUCAGAGAAGCAGUACCAGUGUUUGAAAACCUGUUUCAUUUAUCACUUACCACUGAAGCAGCUUUCUGUUGGGAUGUUCUGCCAAUUCUGCUUGAGAAAUCUCCAAAUCUAGAGACUCUCACCAUUGAGGCAAGAAGAGAUGAGAAAAAGCUGCAGAUCAUGUUGGAUCUCCUAAUGCUCGAAAGAGCUUCGUCUGAAUGCAAAGUCCAGGUCAAGUUUCCAGUUUGUUUUGCCUCAGCAUGAACUUCCAUAUCUGAUAAGAGAAACAAAUGUGCUUCCCGUUUGUUGUUGACAUGAGAACUGGUUUGUUUAGUUUCUUUCAUAUAUGCAAUUUCUGAAUAGAACAGCUUGACAUUU